UGCUGUCUCAUUCAUUCGACUGCUCUAAUCAGAUCGAAGCGUAAACAAAACAUCACAGAACGAGUGAGAAUCCGAUUGUAGCUAAAAUUAAGUUACCGCUGUUUUUCGCGUUUCUACUCGAUCCGAUAACGAAACUCCGGUAGUGCCAGUUCCCAGUGCAGUGUAUGCAGAAACCAUGUCCCACCAAUUGUGACCAUUUAUCGACAGUCGACUCAGCGAGGUGAAGCAAAACAUCAUACGACCCCCCACACACACUCCGAGCACAAGCAGUGGAAAUCAAUUAAAGCAACUACCGUACCGUGUGGAGCAACGAUGCCUUCCCCCAACCAAGGGGUGCCACCGCCUCCGAGCAUCGACGAGCUGUACAUGGAGCGCGACUUUUACAUCGGACUUGCGCUGGCCCUGUCCAGCAGCAUUUUCAUCGGGUCUAGCUUUAUCAUCAAGAAAAUUGGUCUGCUCCGGCUGUCCCGGGUCGGUUCGGUGCGGGCCAGUGCUGGCGGGUUUGGCUACCUGCGUGACUGGAUCUGGUGGGCAGGCCUUAUCUGCAUGGGUGUUGGAGAGGCGGCCAACUUUGCCGCUUAUGCCUUUGCGCCGGCCUCGCUCGUGACGCCGCUCGGUGCCCUUAGCGUGAUCGUAGCCGCCGUUAUGGCUUCCAAGUUCCUGAACGAACGGUUAAAUCUGCUCGGCAAACUUGGCUGCUUUCUCUGCAUCGUAGGAUCGACCAUCAUCGUCAUACACUCGCCGAAGGAGGGUGAGGUGGAGGAUCUGAAUCUGCUGAUUAACAUGCUGCAAGAUCCCACCUUCAUUACGUACGUCGUGCUGAUUCUCUCCCUUUCGCUUUUCAUCGCGUGCUGCAUUGGACCGCGGUACGGGCACAAGCACGUAGCGGUCUACAUUCUGCUGUGUUCCGCGAUCGGUAGCCUAACGGUCAUGUCCUGCAAAGCGCUCGGGCUCGCACUGCGCGACACCCUGUCCGGCAGGUCGAACGACUUCGGGCUGUGGCUUCCGUACUUUCUCAUCAUUGUGACGGUCGUGUUCGUGGGCAUACAGGUGAACUACCUCAACAAGGCGCUGGACAUAUUCAACACCAGCAUCGUGACACCGAUCUACUACGUCAUCUUCACGACGCUGGUCAUCACCGCGUCGGCGAUCCUGUUCAAGGAAUGGCGCCACAUGCGCGCCGAAGACAUUAUUGGCGAUCUGUGCGGCUUUUUCGUCGUGAUCGUCGCUGUGAUACUGCUGAACGCGUUCCGCGAGAUGGACAUUAGCUUGAGCGACGUGAAAGGCAUUAUGCGGCCGAAGCGCGAGCUGCUACACUCAUCGCACAAGGGUGCCCAGUACGAGGACUAUCUGAACGACAGCGAAGAGCGGGGCCCGCUCAAGCCCCAGUACGGUACGAACUACUUGAAUGCGUAACGACAGCUGGCGGGCUGUCGGGAUGGGCCGCCGGCAAAGGAGGAUCGCCGCAGUACGUUACAUUUGGCCCGGGAGGCGACCGCGGCCAAGCUGAGCUUGUUGAAGCAGGUGUGAACAAAACGAGGAGACCAAAAAUGAAGACAGCUUCACUAAAUUAUAACCGAAAUCAGACACACUGACUUGGGGCAUUUGUUUUGUUUUUAAGCAAUACUAUUUGAAAAGAAAUUCUCAAAGAAAACCGCUAAAACCUGUGUAA